AUGGGUCUCACCUUCUCGAAGUUGUUCGACAGACUAUGGGGUCGUAAGGAGAUGCGAAUCCUGAUGGUCGGUCUCGACGCCGCCGGAAAGACCACCAUCCUGUAUAAGCUGAAGUUGGGUGAAAUCGUCACCACCAUCCCCACAAUUGGUUUCAACGUCGAGACCGUCGAGUACAAGAACAUUCAAUUCACCGUGUGGGAUGUCGGUGGCCAGGACAAGAUCCGUCCCCUCUGGAGACACUACUUCCAGAACACUCAGGGUAUCAUCUUCGUUGUUGACAGCAACGACCGUGACCGUAUCGUCGAGGCCCGCGAAGAGUUGCAGCGUAUGCUGAACGAAGAUGAACUCCGUGACGCUCUCCUCCUUGUUUUCGCUAACAAGCAAGAUUUGCCGAACGCCAUGAGCCCCGCCGAGAUUACCCAGCAGCUUGGUCUGCAGAGUCUCACCCGCCGUGCUUGGUUCAUCCAAUCCACCUGCGCUACCACCGGUGAUGGUCUCUACGAAGGUCUCGAGUGGCUCGCCGACGCUCUGCGGAAAACGAACCGUGACUAA